AUGUCAAAUUAAGACCUCAAUGAACUUCCGGCCCUCAAAGUCAAUGUCCCCUCUUUCUUGAUGAAAACAUAUGAAAUUCUAGAAGUACACCAUUUUUACUACCACUUUAUAUUCAGAAUCCGUCUUUAUCCCACAUAAUCACCUGGAAUCAAGAGGGCAACGCAUUCAUAGUCCUGAAUUCCCAUGAACUGGCAUCCCAAGUGCUUGCAAACUAUUUCAAACACAAAAACUAUCCCAGCUUCUUGAGGUUAUAUGCUCUGUCAUAAUAGGCAACUUAACAUGUACAGCUUUAAAAAAACCAAAAACAAUUAUGGACAAAGUGAGUUCAGGCACAAAUGGUUCAGAAAAGGACUUAAGUAAAAAUCUUUUUGAUGCAUAACAUAGAAUUAUGCUUUAAUACAUUCGUAGGAGGAACUAAGAAGAGUCUGAGAAUAAAAUUGAGAUGAAGAGUACAAAUAAUCACAAAAUUGAUAAUUACAAACUAGAACAUGAAGAAAUGAAAAAGUUGGUUCAAGAAAUUCACAGCACUCAACUUCAAAUGGAAGUUGAUUUCUCAGCAUCCAUGGAAUACAACGCUUAAGCCACUCGUUCUAGUCAAACUAUAUUGUAGGUUUAUUGUCUCAUUUUUAUUGUUAGUGUCUGAAUCAAAUGCAAUAGUAAUUCAAUAAAAGGUUCGAUAACCUUUCCUUACUCCUAGCCAAGAUCACUUCAUAUAUUCCAAAUUUUUGUAAAUUUUAUUAAUUAUGCAGCUCACUAAAUAGGAGAUAUGUCAAAAUAAUACUCCUUCGAUGAACCAUCUCCAAGCAGAUUAGAACACCAUUAUAUUGUCCCUUAUCAUGAGAAUAAUAGCCAAUACAGCAAUAUAGGAUCACCAUAUCACUAAUUUUCUUGCAAUAGUCCAAUAAAUAUUCUUUUAUCCAGAUAAAAUUAAUGUAACGUUCAAAAAUAAAUUUAGAAUUUUAAGAUUAUUGCUUUUAAUUCGAUCCCAACAUCUUCUAAUUCAAAAGAUAAAACCAAUAAUAACAACUAGCCCUACCCGCUCCAGCAAUUAAUUCAUAUUAGCGUAUUCAAUAUUAUCCAUCCAAUUAUAGCUAGCAAUAAUUACUCAUUGCAAUCCAGUUCAUAAAACUCCCCUUAUAGAAUGCCCAGUCCUUGUCAUACUUCCUUCAUGGAUUCUGAAAACCCAGAAAAAGUAUAACAUUUAAUUGUAUAACAAUAGUUUAAUUUUUACUAACAAGCAUGA